CACUCCAGAGUACAGUGUCCCAGUAGACUUCUUCUUUUUCAGCAUGGGCCCUGGCAAAUUAUAGGCAGGCUUUUUUGUGCAUGGGCUUUAGGAGAGAACUCCUGCUGUGGACAGGACCCUGACAAGAGGCUUCCUUCUGCUUAUUGUGUCACAGGAAACAAUCGCCCCAGUUUGGCGUUCUACUUCUUUAGCUAACUGCAGUGAACUUGCAUGGCAAUUUUCUUCAACCCUUCUCAUCAGAAGACGCUCUUGUUGAGGUGCUAACUUCCAUGGAGGGCCUGGAUGUCUCUGUGAGAUGGUUGCAGUUCCAUCUUUGUUAAAUUUUUCUAUCACCUUUUUUACAGUAUUCUGACUGAUAAGUAAAGCUUUGCUGAUCUUCUUGUAGCCUCCAC